ACAAGGAAGAACUCAGUGGAACCAGGUGUGUGGGUGUUCAGCUAGUGUUAAUGUUGAAUUAAAUCAAAAGGGAGAAAAAGAGGAUUUUAACACCAAUAAACCAGUAGUAUUUUUUCAAAAUGGAUGUUCAGGAGAAUUCCCCAGGAAGAAUGGGGCUUUUGAGGACCUUUGACUCGUCUGAGUUUGGCAGCUGGGAAAAGAUAGGCUCCGGUGGAUUCGGACAAGUAUACAAAGUACGACACGUCCAAUGGAAAACAUGGCUGGCCAUCAAGUGCCCUCCAAGCCUUCAUAUGGAUGAAAAAGAACGCACAGAGCUUUUGGAGGAGGCUAAAAAGAUGGAGGCAGCUAAGUUUCGCUACAUCCUUCCUGUAUAUGGAAUCUGCGAGGACCCUCAAGGCCUUGUGAUGGAGUACAUGGAGACAGGUUCCCUGGAGACGCUGCUCGCCUCCGAACCGCUACCGUGGGAACUGCGUUUCCGCAUCAUCCACGAGACAGCGGUGGGCAUGAACUUCUUACACUGCAUGAACCCGCCCUUGCUCCACCUGGACCUAAAACCUGCUAACAUCCUGUUGGAUGCACAUUACCACGUCAAGAUCUCUGACUUCGGUCUGGCGAGGUGGAACGGCUUAUCCAGGAACGAUGAUAUUAGCCGUGAUGGAUUCUGCGGCACCAUUGCUUAUCUUCCCCCAGAGAGAAUCAUUGAGAAAGACAGGAUCUCUGACACCAAGCAUGAUGUGUACAGUUUUUCAAUCGUCAUCUGGGGAAUUCUUACACAGAAGAAGCCAUAUCAAGGAGAGAACAACAUCUUGCACAUCAUGGUGAAAGUAGUGAGAGGGGCUCGUCCGGAGCUGAGCUCCAUACCCCGCAGUCGUCCCCAGGCCUGCGCAGGCUUCCUGGCCCUCAUGCAGAAGUGCUGGGCACAUUCACCUGAGGCCAGGCCCAGUUUUCAAGAUAUCACAUCAGAGGCUGAGGAUCUGUGCUCCAAACCUCAGGAGGAAUCUAGAGCAUCGGUAUCUGAACCAGACCCAGAACCAGAACCAGAACCUUGCAACUCCUGCAAGGCCCCAGGACCCGGUGAUCAGGAACAAAAACCAGUGAGGCCAAAGUCGGCCAUGUUACCGGAGAAAGACUACAGUCUGUCAGAGCUGCUGAGUCAGAUUGACUCAGGCAUAUCUCGCAGCUUCGACCGGGUGAAGGAAGACUACUCCCAGUGUAAGGACAACACCAGCAAGAGGUUGUCAGGGAUCUCUUCUGUAGACUCAGCCUUUUCCUCCCAGGGGUCCAUAACCCUGUCCUUCGAAAAGGAAAACGCCUCCAAUGACUCAUGUGACCUGCAGCGAAAGAAACUGUGUGAGGCUAUUCGCACAGAGGACAUAGCCAAACUGAUGAAGAUCCUGCAGCCCCAGGACGUCGACCUGCUUUUGGAGGGCGGAGGGAGUCUGCUUCACUACGCUGUGAGCCUGGCCAAUGAGGAGGCCAUCAAGUUCCUGUUGCUAAACAACUGCAACCCCAACCUCCCCAACGCCCGUGGCGCAACCCCCCUCCACUUAGCUGCCGAAAAGAAGCUGAAAGGCGUGGCCGAAAUUCUGCUGAGCCGCAAGACGACCAACGUCAACGCCAAAGACGAGGACCAGUACACGCCGUUGCACUUUGCGGCCCAGAACGGGGACGAGGCGCUGACCCGUCUGCUUCUGGACCGCAACGCUUCCAUCAACGAAGCGGAUUCCCAGGGUCGCACGCCAACGCACAUUGCCUGCCACCACGGCCAGGAGAACGUGGUGAGGGUGCUUUUGAGUCGCGGGGCCGACGUGCGCGUGCGCGGGAAAGACGACUGGACCGCCCUGCACCUGGCUGCUUGGAAAGGCCACCUGGGAAUCGUGAAGCUCCUGGUGAAACAGGCGGGCGCCGACGUGGACGGGCAGACGGCGGACGGACGGACCCCGUUGCACCUGGCAUCCCAGAGGGGCCAAUAUCGUGUGGCGCGUAUCCUGGUGGAGCUGGGCGCAAACGUCCACCUGACCUCCGACGGCCUGCACAGUCCCCUGCACGUGGCUGCCGAGACUGGCCACACCAGCACCUCGCGACUCCUGGUGAAACACGGAGCAGACAUCCAAGCCAGGACCAACCAGGGCUGCACCGCCCUGCACCUCGCCGCUCAGAACGGACACUUGCCCACGGUCAGAAUGCUUUUGGAAGAGGGCGCGGAUCCACGCAGCGCCAACCGCGCCCUUCGCACCGCUUGCCACCUGGCUGCGGACGGAGGUCACUGUGAGGUCAUCAAAGAGCUGCUCGGUAGUUUCCCUCAGGCGGCCCACAUGCAGGACGAGAGCGGUUUCUCUCCGCUUCACCUGGCCGUGCAAGGGGGCUACACGGACGUUAUCUGCCUGCUGCUAGGUCACGGCGCGGAGCCUGCUCCUCUCUCUCCUCUCUCUCCCGGCUCCGCCACCGAAAACGCUCUGGGAGCCGACGAGGAGAGACAAAACUCAAACAGCAUCAAACGGCUCCAGAGAAAGGUGGUCAUCCUGAAACUGACAGAGCAUGAAGCCAAUGACCCCCCACAGGACGCAACCAAUUCUCUUUGUGCGUCUGCACCCUGCUGAAAGAGGAGGUUAAUUGUAGAAUCUUGUUAAGAAUGGACUCUGAUACAGGGCAAGGUGUAGAGGGGAGAAUCACAGAGCCAGCUAUUCUGUGUGACUUUAUGUAUAUAAUGUAAUUUGGUCAUGGCAGGCAACAUGUAAUUCAUAUUGUUAUCUUUAGGUGCUUUGGGCUUGGGUACAAGCCUUUUUCCAAUAUAUUAAAAAUGUUCUCUGAUUGGACAAACAUUCAUGUAUAUACAUUUACACUGUACAUAGAAAAAGAAAU